AUGGCAGCACUAGCCGGCGUGAGUGUGAUUGUAGCCAUGUUGGGCGUCAACCACCUGAUCUCCAAGUGGAUGUUCGCGUGUCAGCGAGUCUACAGACACAGCAAGGACGUGAGGAUGAAGAAAGUGACCGAAGUGUUCAAAGCGGUGGGAAUCGUCAAGUUUAACGCGUGGGAAGAGCGUCUGAUGGAGCAAAUUAAAGCAACUCGAGCGAAGGAGAUGCGAGAUCUCUUCAGGCGCCGGUUGCUGGCCUGUUUGAGCGUCGUAAUGCUCUGGGGCAUGCCGGUGUUUAUCAGUGUGGCCUCGUUUGGAGUUUACACGGGCGUGAUGCACCGGAAUUUGACGCCAGCGAUCGUGUUUACCAGUAUUGCGCUCUUCCAACUCAUCCAAGGUCCGCUACGUAUGAUUACCAACAUUCUACCCAUGCUCGUGCAGUCCAAAGUGGCGUUGGAACGCAUUAAAGCGUUCUUAGAGAUGGCAGAACUGGAGUCGGAUAACGUCAUGCCAGCUGAUCACCCACAAGGCGAGAAAUACGUUAUCAGGAAGGACUCGACGCUGCUCAGGAACGUGAACCUCGAAGUCAAAGCUGGAGACUUUGUGGUGCUGCACGGCUCCGUGGGUUGCGGUAAGUCUUCGCUGUGCUCGGCACUCUUAGGAGAAAUGGUCAAGCACAACGGAGCGGUGUUUGUCGGGGCACGUGUGGCCUACUGCUCGCAGCAGCCGUGGAUCCAGAACCUGACUGUGCGAGACAACAUCUUGUUCGGGCUUCUGUACGACCGCAACAAGUACGAGAAAGUGCUGGAUGCCUGUGCGUUGACAGCAGAUCUGGCCUCGCUACCUGCAGGCGACUCGACGGAGAUUGGAGAACGAGGAAUGAACUUGUCGGGAGGGCAGAAGGCGCGAAUCGCGUUGGCCCGAGCUUGUUAUAGCGACGCAAGUGUGUACCUGUUGGACUCGCCCUUGUCGGCUGUGGACGCUAUCGUGCAGAACGAUAUUUUCCAGAAAUGUAUGCUAGGACUACUCAAGAACAAGACCAUCAUCCUUGUGACGCAUAACCCCGAGAUUAUCGAGUCACCGCGUAUUUCUCGAGCUGUAACGAUCGAUGAGUUGGGAGAACUAGUAGAAACGCACCACGUGGACACCCCGAUCGAGACGGAGAGGCCGUUGGUGUCUCCAUUCGCGGCUCAGCCGUACGAGGCUGUCAAUUUGGGAAUUUCGCCGUGUACGCCAUCGAAGCCGAGAGCUUUAUUCUCUGUCGCUGGUGAUAACACUGUUGAGCUGGAAAAACUAGGAAAACUGGUGGAGGAGGAGGAGCGAGUGGAGGGACAAGUGGGGAACCACGUCUUCAGCGCGUAUUAUCGCGCUGUCGGCGGCUUCCCGAUCGUGUUUCUUUUCUUGCUGACGUCUGCUUGCUGGCAGGCGUUGCAGAUUUCGAGUGACUUCUGGCUGGGUGCAUGGUCCAGUGACGGCGUCCACAGUCAGGACUCCACGUCGUAUCGACUUAGUAUCUUCACAGCGUUGGGUCUCGCGUCGGCGUUGAUGGUGUUCGCGCGUAUGUUUAUGACUGCGGUCUAUGGUUUACGUGCCGCUCGACGGAUGUUCGACGUGAUGACGGAAGCUCUCAUGCACGCUCCUAUGCGCUUCUUCGACGCCAACCCGAUCGAGCCGAUCCUCACGCGUUAUGGCAGCGACGUGUCCGUCGUGGACUCCAACAUCCCGCCGCUGUUCAGUCGAAUGUCAUCGACGGUAUUCUCGGUUGGAUGCAGCGCUGUCACCGCUGCGGUUGUGAUCCGCUGGAAAGGGUUCCUGCUGUUGCCAGUGGCGUAUCUUUACUAUCGCAUUGGAUCGCUCUACCUUCGUCCAGCGAGAGAGCUGCAAAGACUGUCCAAGACAACACAAGCCCCCGUGUUGAAUCAUCUAGCUGAGACGGUGGAUGGUGGCGCUGUCAUUCGUGCUUACGGUCGUGGUCACGUGGAUCGUUUCCAGGUCGCACACAGCGAGAAACUGGACGACAACAACAAGAUUUGGCUCGGCCAGUUGUGCGUGUCCCAGUGGUUCUCGUUGCACAUCCAACUUGUCGGUAGUCUCCUGGUUCUGGUGGUCACUGCCUCGCUCGUGAUGCUGCGUCAUCAACUGGGAGCUGCUGUGAUCGGUCUCGCCUUCUCGUAUGCUCUGAAAGUAUCCCAGAACCUCGAGAGAUUUCAAGAAUACGCGGAUAUCAUUCAGGAAGCACCGUCUCGCUUGCCACUCGACCCGCCUAGUGUACAGCACCCAGAGGUGUGGCCGUCAGCGGGGUCGGUCGAGUUUAACCACGUGAGCUUCCGGUACAAGGAUCAAGGUCAGCUGGUCCUACGAGACCUGAGCUUCUCCGUCCGUGGAGGCGAUAAACUUGGCAUUGUUGGUCGCACUGGAGCUGGCAAGUCCAGUCUGACGAUGGCUCUCUUCCGGAUCAACGAGCUGGCUGCAGGUUCCAUCUGUAUCGACGGAGUUGACGUGAGUACUAUUGGCUUGACGACACUGCGCGAGAAACUCUCCAUCAUACCGCAAAACCCGGUGCUGUUUAAAGGCACCUUACGCAACUAUCUGGACCCGUUUGGCGACUUUAGUGACGAGGAGCUCUGGACGUGUCUGCGUCGAGUGGGUCUUGGCUCUCGUAUCGAAGCGGAGGAGGGCAAACUCGAUGCGCUUGUUGAAGAAAAUGGCGAGAGCUUUAGUGUAGGCGAGCGACAGAUGCUGUGUAUGGUCUGCUCGCUACUGCGCAAGUCGCGUCUCGUGGUAUUUGACGAAGCUACGGCUGCAGUUGACCAUGCUACGGAUCAAACUCUGCAACGAGUUAUUCGCGAAGUGUUCAAGGACUCCACUGUGCUUACGAUUGCGCAUCGAUUGGACACAAUUCUUGACUCGGACCGCAUUUUAGUGAUGGGUGGUGGCUGUGUGAAGGAGCUCGCAAGUCCUGCUGAGCUUGUUCAGAGAGGUGAAGGACACUUCUUUGACCUCAUGGAGGAAGGAGGAUAUCUCGACCGCUUUCAACAGAGCAAUGCCGUUGAAAACGUCAGGCUAAAUGCACUGAGACAACGUGAUUGA